AUAUAAAUUUAUUAAUAGUUAUAACCAUUCUAACAGAAAAUGAAGAGUAAAAGACAAGAAACUUAUUAAAUCACAUUUCACAAGUGGGUCUUGUAUUAUAUGUUUGCUCGGUUUUGAUUCUGGGACCAUAUAAGUUUUUCAACUUUCAAUUUCAAGAAUUAUAAAUAUCCCCCAUUUUUUCCGAUUAAUCAUUAACGUUCUCUGAUUCUCGACAGCUUCUUGAAUUAGAAAUUUUCAUAAAGGCCCCUACUCUUAAUAUAAAUUAAUAAAACAUAUAUGACUCACUUUUCCUAAAAAGCACAUAGUUUAGUUGAAUAAUAACAUGAGCAUGGAAUAAGAUAUUUUUACAAAUUAGGCCUAAACAUUUAUAAUUUAACCAGAUAUCUGAAUUCUACUAAAAAGCAAACUUAUCCAAUAUAAUUCUAAACAUAUACAUGAUUGGGACUUAAAAGCCAAAUUCGUCUUACAUUAGGUAAUAGUAGAACCGGACCGUAGUUUGAAUUAAUAUCCAAAAUAUCUCAAAGUUAACUAAACUUUUUUUCUGAACACCUCUCAAAGUUAACUUUAAACAAAUUCAUAUUUUAACCCAAAUUUGAGUAGUUUGAAUAUUCUAGAGUACUUUUGGAGAAGUUAAAUAAUUUUUACCGGUUUUUAUUAUUCAGUUACCUUUGAAUAUUUCAUAUUUUGAGUAGUUCAGGUGAUUUUUACCAUGUUUUUUGAGUAAUUUAAGUAUUUAAGUAUAGGAGCUCUAGCUGGAGUGUCCGCCCCUGGGUUCGAGUCUUGGCCACUGAGAAAUUUACAUGUGGGCUGCAACAUCCGAGACCGAAGACCGUUACGCGGUGAGCCACAUGGUGACGUCCUGGCAGCGUCCAUGCUCACUUCGGUCUCUAGUCUGGACCACUUCGUUGGGACCAGGAUACUCGGUUAGCAAAAAAAAAAUACCUGAAUAAAACUUAUGAGCACAAUAUCAAAAUCUGUUAAAAAAAAACUUAUUCCCUAUCCGAACAUUUAGUACAAAUUACAUCUUUAAUGGGUAACACAUUAAAAAGAUCUUUCUAUUUUGGUAAAAUGUUAAUUAAGAAAUAAUAGAUCAAGCUGUAAACAUAAAUAACUCUAAGGGUCAUCAAGUAAUAUUGCAAGAUUUAAGAAAAAGAAACAUUAAAUUUUUUUAAUAAUAAUAAAACUGUGUAGGUGGGGGAGAAUCACAAUAUUUCCCAGAGAGAAAAUCACGGAAACCGACGAAGAUUCUCUAUCUCCAGAUGGUACAUUCGAAAGGGAGAAAUAGAUCUUAAGAAAGCUUAAAACAUGGAGACUUUGAACUUUCUUUAAACUCCCACGCUAAGAAGAUCUGUUUUCAUCUCAGAAGCAGAGGAAAAUGUGUAGUAACAUAAGCAGUGGAAGCUAUGGAGGAGACAGAGACUUCUUACAACGAGAUGAUUACUUUGGUUCUUGUCCGAAAAAACAGAAGAAAGAUAAAGUACGACGAAGAGGACCUGGUGUCGCCGAACUCGAGAAGAUCCGUUUAGAAGAAGAGAACAAAUCUCCUUCUCUUGUAACUCCGCAUUCUUCUUCUUUAUCAUUACCAAGAACCGAUCACACUCUCUUUUUUCCUCCUCCUCCUCCUCCACAGCUUCCUUUGCCGUCCUCUUACACCACUAAUCAUAUUUUCCGGUCACCGGCGACGGUGAUGCCUCAUAACUUUGAUUUGCCGUUGUCGUCUUACCUCUCGAACGGAUCUUUCCCUAUGGAUAUGAUUCCUCCAGUGCCGUUUUUGCAUAGGAAGCAGAAUUAUCCGAAUCAUCAGACAAUGAAUCUUGCGAACCCAUCUCCAGGACCAGGAAGAUUAUACCAGUUCAUAGAGCCCCCUUCAAACCAAAGAUCUUGCGUCGAUAAUGUCUCUCAGAUUCUUCAGGAAGAAGAAAAGGUUGUCAUGAGUGCGAAGAGGCCGUGGCAUUUUCUCGCAGACACCACCACGAAAGCUAGCGUUGGACCAAUCUCAAGGGAGUUGAAACAUAACCGGUCGUUGGAUAUGAGAUUGAUAAGUACGGUCCAAGAUUCCGGUACAAUGAUUUGCAACCCUAUCUCCAUUGAUUCACCUACCUCCAUUACGCGUGAUUUUAACGUACAGUAUGAACAACAGCAACCAGAGCAAGACUUUGAUGAGAACAUGCAAUGGAGAAGUAAGAAGACUUUCUAUAGCUUCAUACCCUCUAAUGAUCAGAGCAAUAUUGGACGAGAAUACCGAGCCUGUGAGCCACAUGAAUCUGCCGCUGAUCAUGGCAUCGAUCUCAGCCUUAAGUUAUAAAAAUUUUUGCAAGAUACAAAAAAAUCACUAGGUUAUCUGUCUUAUGUAACUUCUGAUAUAUUAAUUAAAUUCCAUGCAACUAGAUUAGUUUGUGCUUCAUCAAUUUGCAGAAGACUAAUCAAGACUUAUUAACCAGAGGGUUUGUUUGUAACACAGAAGUCCUGGUAAAAAACAUUUCAUUUUAGUACUUAACUCAGGUACUAUUGUUGAUAACUAGUAUGAAACAAAAAAAAGAAACUGUUUUUUUUUUGUCACUAAAACAAAGAAACUGUUUGUUUACUCAUAAUACAGAACAAAGAAAAUGAAACCUAUUGUUUCUUAAAAUCUUGGUUUAGCUAUCUAUCUCUUAUGAGCUUGUGAUGUGAGCUCAUUUCCCACCAUGUUCUAAUCAGGAUCGGUCUUAAGAUUUUGGAGGCCAAAACAAAUUUAGUAAAAACUUACUAUAAUUUUUUAUGA